UAAUACGGAACAAUUCUUUUAACACUCUAAUUUAAAGGUCGCUAAACAUUGUUCAUGAGUUUAGCACAGCACACGCUUUCAAUGAUAAUAAAAAUGGCGGUUCACGAUCAAAUCAUUGUACACACAAUCGAAUGAGCAAUAUUUGUUUCGUCGACUUAACCUGAGGGGAUUGAUUACAAGUAUUAACAGUGGGCGGAGGCUUCACAAACAAAAUGGACGUCGUUAAACGAUUUGGUAAGGCUGUAUACAGGUCAACGAUCAAAAUACCCCUGACCGCCGGAUAUCCGAUAAGGAACGGAAGUCCAGACGAGGCUAAUGGAAGUUUGGCAUCUGUCGUCACUAUCGUUUUUGUCACUGCUAUGACAUUUGCUACCAUUGGCAUAUUUGGCUCCAAACAAAAUCAUGAGCCGUUAGCCAAUAAACAUAUUUGGAUUAUGAUGGUUUCGAUGGUAUUUGCAGCUCUUGCUUCAGUGGUAUUUAUAUCUGUUUUGGCGUACAAAAAUAGAACCACUUGGUUCAAACCGUCGGAGUUGAAACGAAUAGCAAUUUACACAAACAUUAAAGUAGCAUUCCUAUGGCUCUUUGGAUUUGCUUGCAUUUUGUACGAAUCUUUCAACGCUUCCAUGGAUUUGAGCUGUUGGGCGAACACAGAGACAGAUGAUAUAAAACGCCAGACAAUGUCGGAACUUUUCAGCCAUUUUCUGCAAAUACUGUGCGUUUGCUUUCAGUUAAGUUUCAUUACGUACUUUCGUUACUACAAGUUUGAACCUUCUUUGUGCAUCAACUAUGGUAUUUUAAUUAUUCUUCUUGCAAAUCUAAGUCAGUGGUUUGAAUCUCUAGUUAAAGAAAUUAACACAAAUCCUCCAGAAAACAUAACUAUCUCAAUGGGAAACAGCUGUUUCGUCACAUCAGCCCUCUACAAUCUCACUGAACAACUGGAGCCUUACGUAGGUCCAGCCCGAGUCGAAUUUUUCCUUUUGUCCACUGGGUUUAUUAUAAGCAUGUGGCCUUCAAUACAAGAGGACGAGGUCACUGAAACGGUACGAAUUGAUUUGGGAGAGACUUACGACGAACACAGUGUGCUAUUACCAAACUCUUCAUCUAGAUCUGCGCCUGCGCGCACGUACAAUACAACAAAUACAGCAGAAUCGCAUCCACAUAUCUCGGGUUAUCAGAUCCACCCCGUGUCCCAUUUCUGCUCCAUCAUAGUCGGCAUGGUGCUGAACGUGACCCUAGUUAUUGGAAACAUUGUCUUCGUGUUUAUGUCUAGUCAUCAGGCAGGUGGCACUGGUUUACGUGAUACGUGGUUUUUAGUCUCGCUUGCAUUUAAAUUGUGUAUGGUGAUAAUGAUAUACAUGAUUUACUAUUACAUUACAUGGUCUGACCUACCGUUUAAUAUUCAAUCGAAAAAACUUUCAUCAGGUCAAUAUCUUCUGGUGUUUGCAACAUCGGGAACGGUUGCUUUGUGUACCAUUGGAAUCAUUGUUGGAAUUCAAGUUACUCCUGAAAUGUAUGGUUACAUUUUUAUCACCGAGAACUGCGUUGACAUAAUUGGGACGUAUCUUCAAUCAGUUUUAAUCAUCCAUGCCGAAAAAUUGGUCGUUAAUGUCAGUGGAGGAACAUUUUUCGCUGUUGAAAGACUAUGCCUGCUUCUCUCAGUAUGCAAUUGGUCACUUUGGUUCAACCAGAGCUUUAUAGACGUCCAUUAUGUCGCUAAAUUCGGGUCUCAUCAUAACGAGAUCAUCGAAGAAGGGACUUUACUGAACAUUGUGAAAAUACUGUCACCUGUUUUGAUUUUUUAUCGUUUUCAUGUUUUCCUAGAAUGGUACAACUUGCACCGAAAAUUCAGUGAAUAAUUCUUUGAUUGCAUAAUCAUUGCAUUGAUUUUAAUAUUAAUUGUUUGUAAAGGUGACUUGGUGGUCAACAAUUUAUUCAUCAGAAUUGACUUAAACUUUGUAAUAUGAUAAAAUUAUAUAUUUGGCCAAUAUUAACUAUAACAAUAAAAAUUUAAAUAUUUAAUCUAGCUUUUAAAAGAUUUGAGCAAUUUCCUUCUCUCUUUAUACAGAGAUCUUCACCUAAAGGAGGUAAACACAGUCUAACAAUGGUCACGACCAUCAAAUUUUAACCCUCUUUAAAUUUAAUUUCUAUUGCAGGUAAGGUGAAGUUUGUUGUAACAGUUCUAUAUCCUUACUAGAGAAUUGAAAUGUUGUAUAGGAUCAAAUUUUCAGGGUUUCUAGAUCACUGCUUAUCCUUGAGGUUACAUCUAUUACCUCAAAAGAACAUUUGGACCUUCUUCGAAAUAACUCUGCAGUGUUGUGUGCGGGUUUAUAUUUCGGAUUACUUGUUAUUCUAUUGUAAAUGAUAUGUAUAAUACGUGUACAUGCACCUUUUAUUGAUUUCAUUAACACAAAUUUUAUUUGCCGGCUUCUAUGUAUUUUUUUUCUCUAGCUGAUAUCAUUUGAAUUGGUCAACUGCUAACAGAGAUAAUUAAGACUUUGAUUUUGAACGAUUGUUGUCGAACAAGACCAGGAAAUCAGUUUGGUGUGAAGGAAAAAUAAAUAUAUAUACGUAAUGGCAUAUUCAGAUUUUCUGGAAAUACAAAAAUAGCAAUACCCAUGUGAUCAUGUAUUGAUAAUUCUUGUUUGUUUGUUUGGGUUUUUUUUUCAUUUGGUAGAC